GGACACCUUCCGGGUUAUCCGUCAGUUCGCCUGUGCUGCACAGAGCCAGGGACCAUUUGCAAAGGUCAGUAGAGUUAUCUGCCGCUAACGCACAUACUCUCACUUUUCAGGGUGCAAUGUUUUCGAGUUUCAUCUGUAUGCUUGUGUUAUGGGCCGUUCUGAGUCAUACUUAGCCAGCGUGCACGAGACAGAUGUGCAUACUAGCCACCUGCUAGCGCGCGUUAGCUCAUUUUAGCUUCACCCCCGCUAGUUUUGUAGUGAGACAAAAAGAGACAAGAGGAUAUUAGUCAGAAUGAUGUCUGACUCACAGAGGAACAACGCUGAGUCGAAACCGAAUAAAACCAACACCCAAUCUUUGAGUGUUCACGCUUUAAAUCCCCCGUAUGAUAGAUAGUUGAAUAAAGAGCCGCCGUGUUGAAGUCAUUGAUUCAAACGUCUCUUUAUUGGGUCAUUUCGGUGCCGUUAGCCACAGGUUUAUGAGAGCCCUUCACGGCUUGACCCGGGUCAGACUGGGACAUUCAGGAGACCUUUGCAAAAGACACGUUAGGACUUGCUUUUAUGGGCUAUGUCAAAGGUUUUGUUUUAAUGACAUUUGAACUAUUUUUGGAAAACGUCUGAGUUUUUGGUGACGUGGUAACUUCAGUUUCCCAACAUGAAAUUGUGACCGUGAACACACCACUCCAGGGACUCAAUAACAGCAGUCAUAACGGAAAUAAUUACACUGUUUUGAAAGAUUAUCACAAAUAUUUAUUUUUGUAUUGCCUAGAUUUAAAACAUUUACAAUAUAGAUAUAACAGAAAAUUAAGAAGAGGAUUUACCGUAACUCACCUUAAGGACUAACACUGAAAAAAAAAGUUAUCUAGUCUUUUUCUGUGUAUUCAGCCUUAAUUCUUUUGAGAUCUUACCCACAUAUAUACUCUUUUUUUUCUCUUGUGGGCAUUAAGGCAUGUUUCUAUUUAUUUUUCUAUUCCUAGUGCUUAUUUUGUGUACACCUGUGAGACAUGUAAUUGUCAUUGGAAAAAAAUCACUGUGUUUAAAUAAUGUAUAAUCGUUUUUGUUUUGCUUUUUAAUCAAUUUAUAGCUUCUCUGUCAAGAUAAUAGUAAAAUCAGUCAAUGGAAAUAAAGUGUAUGUAUUUUUAAGUAUAGGUGUUUAUCAUUUAUUGCAAAAAGGAGGCAUAAAUCUAUGUAAACAGUACCAAAUAGGUCAGCUCAAUGUUGCCUUAUGCAAAUAUCUGUGGCAAAAAAAUAGAUAGAAUUAAAAAGUGCCUUUACAGUCAGUGCAUUAAAAAAGGGACAAUAAAAAAUUAGACAGUAAAAUAGUAAAACCAGUGCGGAGUUAAAACUAGUAAAAGAAUUAAAAUGACACCCAUAAAUACACAGGCAACACAUCACCCGGCUUAAUGGAGGCAUUGAUGGAACGGACAGCGUUUGGGGAGAAAGCUGUUUUGCAGUCUUUCAAAAAUACACUUUCCAGCUAUUUACACUGACAUUUUAGUUUUUGUGCAACCUUUGUGUGCACAUCAGAUGCUAGCUGUUUCUAGUUUAAACCUUUCUGCACUAGUCUCACUCUCCCGGCUUAUCCCAGUUUCACUAUCUCCCUCUUAAGCAAACAUGCUAUCCCACGUGUUUUUCCUCUGCCCCGGAGUCAUUUAGUGGGCUGCAGAUUUUAGGAGAAUCGUUGUGCAGGGUGGGAUAUUUUUAGGCUUUAAUGAAUGAAAGCUUUUGUUUUAUUUCAAAAUGUUGGUAGAAGAAGAUGUUCUGGCUUGCCUUGAAUAUUUUACAAAUACAGCAGCAACCUAGAACACUCUGUUAAUGUGUGACCAACACUAGAGGUGUAUGGUGUAUUUAGGUAAACAUAAAUGUUUGGUUCAACUGUUUGAAUUUGUGUAAUUUAAUUGAAAGCUGAUAGUUAUUUGUUUAUGUACAGCAUGAAGACUCUUUUUUGUCCUCUCACUUUUGCACACUUUCAAUGACAUUCCUGGAUAUUCUUCCCCCCCCCUCCCUCUUCUCUAUCUCUCAUGCCUCCCCCUCAGGAGGGGUGUUUUCUGUCCUGUCGAGCUCCUCCUGGUGUGUGUGAGUGUCGGGUGUGUGCACCAUGGCGAGCCUCCUCCGUGUUGUAGCAGCUAGCUGCUCAGCCCCUGUGUUCAGUGGGGUGUCCUGUAUGAAGCUGCAGGGCAGCAGUUCAGUCAAAGCAUCAUGCAUUCGCUUCUUUAGGACCCAUCAAGCUCUUGGACGUUGUGCUAGUCCAGGUAAGUCACAUGUACUGUGUUUUAGCAGAGUUUAAUAUGUUGUUUGUACUUGGUCACUAUAUUAGAAUAACUUAAAUUUGGAGAUUUUAUCGUAGCAGAGUUUUUCUGCUUUGAAGGAGCAGACAUCAGCAAAACUACCUAUGUUAUGUGGCAAUGAAGUGUGGCCAAGAGGUUUGAUUUUAAGUUCUCAUGAGGGAUAUCAACUGUGGUCACAUGACCAGAAAAGCACACUGUCAUAGAAACCUGCUAAAUACCAUAGAGGGACAUUUAAAAUGAUUCAGCUUUUCAGCAUUUGCAGCCAACAUAGUUUCAAUGUGAGCACAGGAUACAACUGAAACUUUGCACCUAGCUCUGAUUAGGUGUAAAGUCUACCUGUUAUCAUAGCCCAUUAUUUUUAAAGAUGGGGUAACCUGGAAAAGGAUAAGGAGUGGAGAGUUAAACUUGCUGUUUUGUGCAGUUAACAUGAUUUCUGUUAUAGAUUAGAUCAAUCAGAAAUACAUAAACUUUGAUCAGUACUUAUGCUGUCAAGUUCUGCCAUAUUAAAUACAUAUGUUGCAGUUGGUGUACCACUCGAUGCUAAUGUUGACAAAGCAAGCAGUAUGAUUAUGACACCUUUUGAAAAAGUAUGGUGCGUUUUAAGGUAAUUGAAAAAAUUCCCUCUUCCUUUUCUUUGUUAAAAUCUUAACUUCAAACACUACAUAUAACCCAGCUGCUGAGGUUUGUAGAUCCACAGUUUACUGCUGAUAGCAACAUGAAGGCGGCCCCACCUGUAGGCUCUGUUUGCCUUCUCAUGUAUUUCUGUAUCAGGUGCAACAUAGCAGGUGGCUACAUACUCAUUACAUAAACACAGACAGAGGAGGUAUUCAGAAUAGUUUUACUACCGUCGUGGGCAGACAAGUGUGAUUUUGUCACUGUUGUGCUUGGUUAGCCUUGGAAACCACUGAAACAAAGCUGUCUACAGGGAUUAAAAAAGAGAUAGAUGAAGCCAAACUCAGGAGAAUGUAAACAAAAGCUUUCCCUUGAAGUCUCCUUCAAAGUUUUUCCAGAGGUCAGUGUUACUACCUGCAGCCUUUUUCAGUCUCAAGGUCAUCUGCUGCAGCCCUCAGGCUUUGUCCUUCAUUUUCAGUGCCCGCACUCUGUGUCCAGUAACCGGGCAGAGGGUGAGUGAAUGUGCUUUUCUGUGUACUUUAAGAUCCAGUACCAGCUGGUUGCAGGUGCCUCAUGUCAGAAUGGGCUCGGUCCCUGGGCAUGUUGUGGUCUGUCAGUACGUGUAGGUGGUUGUUUGAGAGGUGCUUAUGACCUGGUUCAUAGUGCAGUUCAGUUAGCGCCAGUAACAGCUGGCAGCGUCUAUUCUGGACACACAAGUGUCGGUUUACAGGGUCACAAACAAGUGAAGGAGAGGAGGAGUCCAACGCACACACACAUACACACACACACACACACACACACACACACCACACAGGUCAUAUAGAUAUGCUUAUGUUUUGCCCUGUGGAGAGGCAGUAUAGACUGAGGCAGUAUGUUGACAUGAGACUAAAGUUGUGAACAAUGACUAGGACUGAAUAUAACUUAGAUAUAAGGUGUGUGUGCUUGUUUGCGGCAUAAAUGCAAAGAAGUUUGUGAAAUUCUGCAUUUCUUUUUUCAUGCUUUUACACACUUUAAGUUCUGCAUCAUUAUAGAGUUACAGCUGUUGGCAUGUUAAUGCUGCUAACUGUUAAGCCAUUAAACAAUGGGAGACUGAAAGACUGUGUAAAGCUGUAUUUAUAAAGUACUUUUCCUACAAAAAAAUGUAGCACAAAGUGCUGUCCAUUCAAGCAGGAUCUAAAAAAAAUAAAAUAAAAAUACAAAUACAAAACCCCACCCACCAUCCAAACCCACAUUCAACACUCACAUGUUCCCACACACAGACGCACACACAAGAAAACUAAGUGAUGAUUUUUCCACUUGCCACUGAUGAUUGAGGAAACACUAGCUUGAGUUAAAAACGAGGAAAUACUGGACCUAACAGUAAAGCAAUAAAACCAUAGUAAGACAUAAUAAAAGGUAAUAAAGCAGUAAAAGUUAAUUAAAAAUAAAACUGUCUUAAAACCAGACAAAAUAAAAUAAAUAAAAAGAGGUAAUAAAACACAAAAGAGUAACUCAAGGACUACAAUAGGGUAAAAUCACGCAAUGCAGAUUAAGAGAUUAAGACAAAAUCAUCUAAAAGCCAGACUAAAAAAGUAGGUCUCAUAUGCUGAAAUGAGAAGAACCAUAAACCCAGUAAAACCCAGACACAGUCUCUGUGACGUCAGCAUUUGGCUUCUACAGAGGAAGCUCAAAGAUGACAGUCAGCAUACUGGAAGUGCUGACUCGAUCUAACUUUAGGCUGAGCCAUUACCUGGCAGAGGGGUGGAGUUGAGGCCAUAACCUUGCCACAUGGCAAACUGUUACAACAUUCCUGACAACCACGCCUUUAAUCAGAGCGACUCUUUAAUAUGAUAAAAAAUAGCUUUAAAAGUAUGUGUCAAAUUUUGAUCACUUUGGAUUACUUCACUGUCUGUUUUUGUUUUAUAAUAAAGCUUUUUUUACAGUACUGUACAGUACUCUCUUUUUUAUAAAUAUUUACAUUUUCAGUUUGUUAGUGUUUAAAUUUAUUAUUUUUAAAGUAAAAUAAAAUAUCUUAAAAGCUGUUCCAAAUGAAGACAUGAAGUGUAGAAACCUUUUUUUGCACUUGGCUGUGAAAUGGGUGCUUUGAUCCCCUCAAACAGGUUUUUCUUUGCUUUUGGAGUUAGCCUCAGAUGCACUCUUGAAGAACUACAGUUAUUUUGUACUAUAGCCACAAUGGCUGUAAUAAUGACACUUAAAAGAAAAAAUAUGACAUUUAACCUCAACACCAGGUCAUGACCCGCCUGAAUAGCAUAAUAAACUCUGACAAUGGGCUGAUAAGCAAGUGUGGCUCUGAUACUCUCACAGUUAUUCAGAUUAAUUAAUUCAGGGUUUGCUUGUUGUUGACGUCGUUUCUCUUUAUUGACAUUUGCCUUCUGCAAGGACAGAAAGCUUGGUAGGCUACAGCUCUGCUUGUGACUCUGGUUUGAGAAAGCAGCAAAUCUCAGGUAGCAUCCAGAGUGGACAAAAUGCAAAAGAACUGACAUCGACCGGUUGGAAAAAGUUUGGGUUUUGUAAGUCAUGAUUGACAUGUUCCUCCUGUAAGUUAUAUUUUCAGAUUUGAGAGUUAAAACAUGUUACCUUGUUAUUUCUACAGACUUUAAGAUAGUCAUGAUAAUACUUGGUCACUGCUUUGUCUUCUGUUCUGGGAUUAUCGUUGUGCUGUUGUUGUUGUUGUGCCCAGAACAGACUGACCUGCUCUGGCCGACUCUGAUCUGAAAUGAUGUCGAAAUCUUCACAAAAUGUAAAUCUGUUUGAGGAUGGUUCACAGCAGGGGGAGAAGAAAAGCAGUGUGACAGAAAAAGAGCUGCAGUGGAAUUUUCCAUAGGAGGCAGCCAACAUGUGAUCUGUUUGUUUCUCGGACAGAAAACCUGAGAUAGAGUGUAAAAAAAAAAAGAAUAAACUGGCUCAAAAGCAUUCACAGUAAAUCAAUAUUGUAGUCAUACUAUUGAAUGUCUUUAGCCAGUAACUUAAGUCUGUCUUUCUGUCUUUUAUGACUCUUUUUUUCUCAUCACAAGCUCUCCCUUUGCUCUUACACACGCUGAAUCAGGUCUGUUUUAAAUCUCUGACAACAAAAGAGAGCUUUCUGCUUUGUUCCUGUCUUACUGUUUGAUUUUUUUCACUGGAGACUUGUUUGAGAGUAAAUUACUCUUGUGUUUUCUGCUGGGGUGUUUUUGUAGUGGUGCCAAGUUAAGUCUGGGGCCAGUGAAGCACUUUGGUGGAGGUGAUGAUAUCCUGUUAUCGUCAGGGUGGAUAACUAUUGAAUUCUCUUAUUGUAUUAUUCUCCAGUCAUUAAGAGAUUUUGUUCUCACCUGUAAAUCUUAUUACCCUCCUGUCACCCUUUGGACUUCUUUUGUGUUUAUAGUGACAUGUUAAUAGUUUCAUAGCUAAAAGACUAUUGCAGCGACAGAACCUCCAACAUAGCUAUAGAUUCCUGGGGUUGUUACAAGGGGAUAACCUUCUCUGUCUGUAUAAAGGCCACUCUAUGAACAGCACAGUAUUUAUGGUAAACACACUUGAAACUCAGCCCAAGGUUGUCUCCUUGAAGCUGCAGAGGUAUCUAUAUGGAAGAGUAUUCUACUGUGCUUCUUAAAAACACCGUAAAUGAUCUCUUUCUUGGAUGAUGUGCUCCAACUUGUAAAAGAGAAGCUGAAAUUGACAGCUUAGCUUUCAAGACAUCUUGUUUGCAAAUCUUUCUGUUUGAUCUAGGUUGAUAACAGCCAUUACUCAGCCUGGCUUAAGGAAACUUAAAAGGAUAAAGUUAAGAUAACAUCAGUCAGUAAUCUGAUACGUGUUCCUUCUCUUUGUUUCUGCAGGUAUUCCAUACAAACAGCUCACAGUCGGUGUACCCAAAGAGAUUUUCCAGAAUGAACGUCGUGUGGCGCUUUCCCCCGCCGGUGUCCAGGCGCUCAUCAAGCAGGGUUUCAAUGUUGUCGUGGAGUCGGGAGCAGGAGAGCCCUCAAAGUUCCCUGAUGAACAGUACACUCAGGCUGGAGCAACAAUUAAAGACGUGAAAGAUGUCCUGGCAUCUGAUGUGCUGAUUAAGGUAGGGGUUGAAGGGGGAAUAGAUGGAGAAAUGGAAGUUUCUAGAAACUUGUCAAAGUGAGUGUCAGACUAGGUGGUGUGAUAAAUGAACAACCUACCAAGAAGUCAAAAUUGUUUUUCCUUCAAGGUCCGUGCUCCCAUUUUUAACCCAGAACUGGGAGCCCAUGAGGCAGACUUGAUGAAGGAUGCUGCCACUUUGAUCAGCUUCAUCUACCCAGCUCAGAACCCUGAGCUGAUGGAGAUGCUGUCCCAGAAAAAGGCCACCGUCCUGGCCAUGGAUCAGGUUCCCCGAGUCACCAUCGCUCAGGGAUACGAUGCACUAAGCUCCAUGGCAAACAUUGCCGGGUAUGUAAACAGUGUGGCAUAGCUUUGUCCUUUCUGCUUUAACCUUUUAUAGCAAAUACUUUUGUAUUCAAAUACUGUCAUGUGUCACGUCAUGUUCAUGUGGAUUUCUUUUAGGUAUAAGUCAGUUGUUUUGGCAGCCAACAACUUUGGUCGAUUUUUCACCGGACAGAUCACAGCAGCUGGUAAAGUUCCACCUGCAAAGGUAUGUAGUGUGUGAACUCAGGUGUGGAUGUUCAUGUUAAUAAUCAAAAUCCCUUCAUUGACCAUCUCGUACCUUUUCACAAUUGUUUGAAUAGGUUCUGAUCAUUGGAGGGGGUGUUGCUGGAUUGGCAGCUGCUGGUACUGCCAGAGCGAUGGGAGCCAUUGUCAGAGGGUUUGAUACCAGGUUUGUAUUUGAUUAAGAACUUUUGUAGUGAUUUUGAAUCGGACAGUGUUUUCUGAUUGAAUGUAGAUGGGUUUACAGAAUGUGACACUGCAUUUGUGCUUAUUAUUAACCGAAAUCCUCCUCUAAGUCUUUUAAAAACUAAAAAAGUGAAGGCUUCACAGCUUUUUCAGAUUUUCUAAUAGCAUAACUUUCAGUCUUUUGUGACUUCCGGCUUGUGACGAAACACUGAUUUUCUACUUUAUGCAAGCUAUGGGCUUUAAGGACAAAUAACACCCCCCCUUUGGCCCUAGUCAAGUGGAUGAUUUUUAUGACAUACAGAAUCUAGUGAUAAAUUUGUCCUUUCUGAAUAAGAAAUCACCAUCCUUUGUCCUCUUGCAGAGCUGCAGCUUUGGAGCAGUUCAAAUCUCUGGGCGCAGAGCCUCUGGAGGUGGACUUCAAGGAGUCCGGAGAGGGCCAAGGUGGCUAUGCCAAGGAAAUGUCAAAGGAGUUCAUCGAAGCAGAGAUGAAACUGUUCGCCAAACAGUGUCAGGAAGUGGACAUUGUCAUAAGCACGGCUCUUAUCCCCGGUAUGUACAGACUGACGCACAGCAUUAUCACAGAUUUACUACGGGAAAAUAUGAAGGAAGAUUUAUGAUCAGACAAGUUGUUUUCAAACAUAAAGUGUAAAUAAAUUUCCGUUUUCUGUGAAAUGUCUGGAACACGGAUGAUUUUGAGGAUGAUAUUUAGUUGAAAAAUGUAUGAAUGAAACGGAGACGCCAUGUACAGUGAAGUUAUUAGAAAGAACGACUGAAACCUACAAGAACAUUUUUACAACAUCUUCGUUCCAUUACUCCUCUAGUUUUAGAGCACUGUAUGACCUUUGUAGCUGAGAUGUGUCUAUUGUCACUGUAAUGCUACAGGUAGGAAAGCACCCAUCCUGAUCACCACACCUAUGGUAGAGAGCAUGAAAGAUGGGUCUGUGGUGGUGGACUUGGCUGCUGAGGCUGGAGGAAACAUUGAAACAACAGUACCAGGAGAACUGUCUGUACACAAGGUCAGAGCGCACUCAGGAGUACUCAUGGUUAUGUGUUUUGAGUGUAUCUUCUACUCCCCUGCCUCCUCCAAUUUCCUUUCUCUUCAUAUUUUUAAAGGGCGUGACCCACAUCGGCUACACAGACCUGCCCAGCCGUUUGCCGACACAGUCCAGCACCCUGUACUCCAACAACAUCACGAAGCUGGUGCGAGCCAUCAGCCCUGGCCAGGAGAACUUCUUCCUCGAUGUCAAGGACGUAUUCGACUAUGGAACCAUGGACCAUGUGGUUAGAGGAUCUGUUGUCAUGCAGGUAUGAAGCAUCAUGUAACCAGCAGUGUAACAAACAUGAGCGUUUGCGUAAAGUUGAUGGGUGACUUUGAUUUCUCUGCUGAUGCACAAGAAAAUGAGGAUUAGAAAGAAAUCACUGCAGGUCUCCUACUUUGUCACUAGAUGUCACCCUCAGAGCAGUUUUCCUCUUAUUCGUUUCAUUAAAAUCCUCUUAGCAUCAUGGUAUAAAGACUCAUCUGGAUGUUUAGAUAAUCAUAUCUAAUGGAGAUCAGUAAAAGGACCAUAUUUCAAAAGAUACCUUUGACAGAAUACUGUUUAAUCAGUCUUUUGAUCUAUUUCUCCCCAAAUCUUCCUCUGUUUAGAAAUAAAGUUUUUUGAUUAAAACUGGUUAUAGUACUCCACAUAUUAGUUUUUUCUCUUUAAUGUUGUUUUAGUCGUGAACAUUUCUCUUAGUUUAAGUGCUUUUCGAGAAGCUUAGAUGUUUGGAAGGUCACCUAUAAUUACCUGCUCUUGUGCAGAUUUAAACAAUUACAUUUUCUUACUUUCUGUUUUGAAAGCCUCCUCAUCUUCUGUCGUAAUGACGUUGCUGAAAUAUAGAAUUUGGGUAGAAAUAUGCUACCAUAUGAUUUAAAUUAAUAAUAAGUCACAAAGCAUUAUUUUAUCUUGAAGUUUAUUCAUGUUUUUUGCCGUCCUCAGUCUUGGUCAAGCAGUGUUUAUAUUUGUGAGUGAAAAAAUGUUUUUUAGAAAUGUGUGUUACUCAUAUCUGAUCUCAAUCAUGCAACCCUGUUCUUUAAAGGUUGGGAUGCUCUGUAACAUAUAAGCAGAAGACAACAUGAAAGUUGAAACACUGACAUUACUUUGUUUUUGAAAAUAAUGUUCCCAUUUUGAAGUUGGUGCCAGCAACACACUAAAAACAGUCAGGACAGCGGUGAUAAAAGACUUGAGGAAAGUAGGAGUUUGGAAAAUCUUUAAGGGAAUUUGUUAUAAAUUUUAACAGGCUGCAGGUUCAUAAGAUGGUUGAGAAUAAAAGAGCAUCCGAGUGGCUAGGAAGUACAGACGGAGUGGGGUACAUCGCUUCCUCGACAAAAUAUUUUAAAAAGAAAAUAUUUAGAAUGUUAAAAUAAAUGUAGAAAUAUUGGAUCGCUGUGAUCUCCAGACCCUCGAAUAGCUUAAAGUCAAAAUCAGUUACAAUUCUGCAGUAGACGUCUCUUUAUGUGCUCAAGGACACUUAUAAAAACAGCUUUCUCUGAGCCCGAGCACAUUUCAGAUGAACUGAGCUGAAAAACUGUCAAGCGGUCCAAGGAAUCAAAACUUGGAAUUCGUGUCUGGAGAUCAUGGACCUAAGAGGAGAGGGGCCAGCCAACUUGCAGCGCCUUUAUUGCUCAGUAAUAUAUUCGGGUUUCAGAACAACAUGCUGCCAAGUAGACGGUGUCUUUUUCAGGGAAGACCUCGCUUAUUUCAGCGACAUGCUGCCAAAUCACAUUCAGCGUGUGUUACGAUAGUGCAGCGCUGUAGUUCAAGAUUCUGGGGGCCUAAACGGUCUGCCUGCAGUCUCAACUUUUCACCCAUUCAAAAUCUUUGGCCCAUUACGAAACAAAAACCAUGACAAAAGUCAUCUCAAACUUUUAAGCUGCUGAAUUCCCACUUCAACUGAGAAUUGGAAAACACUCGAUUUAAAAUAGCAGCUAAUGGAGUCCUCACUUCCUAAAGACUCUCAGAGUUUUGAUUAAAAGAAGUCUAAUUUUCUUAAAACAGUUUAACAUUUGAGUUUCAACACUCGAUAUCUUGUCUGAGUGCUUUUUUUUACUGGAAUAUGAAGUCUCGGAAAUCAUUGCUUUCUCUUUCAAACCACAUUUUACAGUCUCCUGAUUUUUCUGGAGACUGAGCGGUGAUCUGUUGUCUGAUAAAUGAUGCUGAAUCGCAGAUAUUUUUUACUGUACCUGCUGAUCAUUAGUUUGCUUACUUUGAUCUUGGCAGUGGAGGCUAAUAUUUCACAGAUAAAUGGUGAAACAGCUCGUUGUGUAACUUCAGUAAAUGAGAUGCAGACUUAAAAUCAGCCUUAAAUAAGAUAUCUGAUAUUAUUGAUAUAAAUGACCCUUCUUCUUUUUCUGCCACUUUUUUCAAACAUUCCUCUCUUUUUAAUGAAAACAUGGCUGACUACAAGCUCUUCCAUUGUCAUGAUGGUUAACAAACUUUCUAAUUGUUGUUUUUCUCCACUUUUUGUUCCCUCUUUUCUCCAGGAUGGAAAGAACCUGUUCCCUGCUCCUCAGCCUAACAAUGUCCCGGUUGCUGCUCCUCCUAAACCCAAGAGUGUCCAGGAGCUGGAGAAGGAAAAAGCUAAACAAGUCACUCCCUUCAAGGCUACACUCACCUCCGCUAGCAUCUACACAGGAGGUAAGCUGAAACUGAACCUGCCAUCAAACUGUGAUUUACAAGCUAAGUGGAGAAAAAUAAAGAGAAACCAGACCUGAAAAAAGCUUAUUUACAACAUUUAUUCCUGAUGUUUAUUCCCAUUGGGUUUAAAGGCGGGUUAGAGUCGGCCCUAAGGUGAAGGACAGGUUAAUAAUCGAGUCUUUAAAGUCACCGCUGGAAUGUGCACAGGAGGCGUGAAGUGACACACACACAGACACCCUGUUAGUGUCAGGAAGUGUGCAUUGUAAAACCAGCAUCAUGCUGAGUGUGUGUUUGAAGUCGUGCUGUCGUGAGUGUUUCCCAUGGUGCCACACAGCGCCUGGUAUAAGUGCACCUCAUGCAGUUAAUGCAGUUCACACAUUGGGCGCUGGAGUGGUUUCUGGCAGCAGCACAAAGAUGCUGCUGUUAGCGGCUCCUGUUGUAUGAUCAUUGAUAUGCCAUGUAAUGCAGUCAUCUUUGUAGUUGUUUUACUCAGAGGGAUUUGUUUGCUGUAAUUCUGAGUAUUUAAGAGGUGAUUUAUUUGAUGUUGCCUCUCUUACAAACAUAACCUCACAAACAGAACUUUACCUGUCUAUGAAAUUAAAGGGGAGAAAUGACAACAUGGUUGGAGAAUGGCCUUACACAUGUUGUAGUCAACUAAAAGAUCAAGAAGAGAAAAUUUACCAGUCUUUAUCACUGAGUUUCGAAAGUUGAAAAGAUGUUCAUACAAAAGUGUGUUAUUUUUAUUAGGGCUGUUUCAAUACAAUAUUGAUAAAGGAUAUCGGAUUAUAUCAGCCAGCGUCUAAAAUCUCCGAUAUCAGCACUCCGAUACAAACAGUCCAUUCCAGACUCCACUCCAGCACCUCUAGCUAGCAGCACCCUGCAUGCAGAAUCCCACAACAUCCCAAUCUCACAACAACAGUGUGUACUAAGGUACAAACAAAGUAGCAAGUAGUAGGAGUGAUGUUGGCUGUGUAGCAGUAUUUCUCAUUAAAGUCCAAAAAAGACAUUGCAGCUGAAUGCAAAACUUGUCAUGCACAAGUUAGUGCCAAAAUCAGAUCAAUAUUGGUAUUGGCCGAUACUUAAGGCUACGAUAUCGGAAUUGAAUUUGUAGUAAAAAAGUUGUAUCAGGACACCCCUAAUUUUUAUGGUGGUCUCCUUUUGUUGUUGAAUAGUGCAGAGUUGGUUUAUUCUUUUUGUCUAAACUAAAAAUACAACAAUGAAAAUGAUCCUUAAUAAUCUCUAAAAGCUCUCUCUUGCUCUCGCUCUCUCUCUCUCUCUCUCUCCCGCUCUCUCUCUCUCUCUCUCUCUCUCUCUCUCUCUCUCUGCUUUAAACCUCUUUUUAUUUCUUUGUGUUCCAGGUAUUGCCACCCUGCUGGGUCUGGGUCUGUCAGCUCCCAACGCCGCCUUCACUCAGAUGGUCACCACCUUUGGUCUGGCGGGCAUUGUGGGAUACCACACAGUGUGGGGAGUCACUCCUGCUCUGCACUCCCCCCUCAUGUCAGUCACCAACGCCAUCUCAGGUCAGUCGUGUUUGGUGUGUCUCAUAAAGAGGCCAGCUCUCAGUGGGUGAGAGUCCUUUAGUUUAGUUUAGUUCUAGUGGAAUAAAACUUUACAAUCCGUCAUGUUACCUACUAAUAAGAAACUGAAAUGAACACCAUUUGAUUUCUUACACAUUUCAUAAACAGACUAGACCUUUAGAAAAAGAUGAAAUACGAUCAAAUAAACUCUAUGAUAAAUGAAAGUUAGAGUUCGGAUCAGCUCCAUGCAGCUGUCUGUCGCUUCCACGAGUCCAAAUAAAAUCUUUAAAGAUUGUUUCUUUAUUGUCCUCACUGCCACUCAAACACAGAGGGGUUAAGAGGUUAGAGAGGUAAGUGCAUGUGUGUGUUCUCACGGCUUUGAUCACUCUUCAGACCUACACUGUGGUAGGAAGUAACACACCCUCUGUGAUCUUUGUGGGUCAAGGGAGUCCUCUGAUCGUGUAGUCGUGCCCACAGCCAGACAUUAGCGCUUGGCUGUGUAACAAAUAAAGAGAGAGUUUUUACUUCCUGUUAAAACUUUAUUGAUUCUGAUGACUGCGACAUCUUCACACUGUCGUACUUGUUCCUCGAGGCCUCAGUGCUCAUAAUUUUUAGCCCUGUUCUUUAAAUUUACUCUUAUCUGACUCUGAUAAGAUUGUCAAAUUUCCCCAAUAAACUGCAGUUAUCUUUUUUUAAUCUUUAUUUAUUCUUCACACAAUCAGGCAUAACAUCAGGAGGAUUUGAAACUACAAAUGUAAGAAAUUUGCACCCGUAAAAUUUAAUACGGAGAAAAUUUGAAACUAUAAAAAGAAAUAUAUUCCUGUAAGAGAUCUUUUGGAGUAUUUUCUUUUUUCUUCUUCCAUCCAUCCGUCUCUUCUCUCCCAGUCCAGGUAUUUUCUCUUUAUACUCGCUGUAGCCUUUAUUACCUUUUUAAAUAUCUGUCAGUGACAGGCUGCAGCUAUGGAAACACUGAGACCAUCAGAGAUCUGUUGUUGUUGUGCCAGGCAUUAUAAAGACACACACACAAUCAGAGUCACAGACAUGAGGGAACCCUAAUGGAAUUUAGUGUCUGAAUGAGGGACAGUAAUAUUCUUCGUGGGCAGAUUAUAGAGUUACAGCCUGCAGUGAGUCUGAGCGGGACAUCUUAAACUCUGCAGACGCUGCUCCUGUAUCUAUUCUCUGUUGGAGAUGCUUUCAUCUACCUGAGAGCACUGAUUCACUGCCACACUCUGCCUGUACUCUGAUGUUUGUCACAGAGGCUCACCUACAGGACAUCAGCCCACCCGGAACAUAGUCAGUGUGUGUGUGUGUGUGUGUGUGUGUGUGUGUGUGUGUGUGUGUGUGUGUGUGUGUGUGUGUGUGUGUGUGUGUGUGUGUGUGUGUGUGUGUGUGUGUGUGUGUGUGUGUGUGUGUGUGUGUGUAUGACCACUGAUACCUAUUGGUUUCUUUCUGGCUAAUCGUAAAACUGCUGUGCCAAGAGUCUUUGAUCUCGACCUUAAUGGUGAAAUGGUGAAGUGUCACUCUUGGAGAAAACAUGCCAAAGUAGCAAAGCUUCACCUUUUGAAUGAAUGAGUUAUGUUUAUUUAUUUCAAAUAUGUGCAGAAGAGAAAAUUAAGAGAAAAAAUACAGAAUGAUAACAAUAAGGAAAAAAAGAACACACAACAUAUUCGAAAAGGAGAGGGAGGAAGUGAAACUUAUCAAGUCCUGCCCCUUCUCCAUCAGCUAUUCUGUGAAAGUGCUUUUAUAUUUUUUAUACAAAUGAAAACAGUUUAUACACAAUUCAGUGGUCUUCUCAAAAAAGGUAAAAUAGAAUAAUAACAAAAGCCAACAUAAUUCUUAAUUUGGUGCGAAACCUUUGACCUCUGCGCCUCCAAUACUUGGAGUAAAAAUAACAGACCCCAUGUGGGUAUUCCCCAGACUAUCUUUUAUUUGUAAACAAAAAUAUCAGCCAUAUGUUGGUUCUAGUUUUUUUUUUUUUUUUUUUUAAUAUAGAUAUUUGUUGCUCGUCUCUUAAAGUAUUGACUAUAAAUUAGAAGAUUUUGGCUUUUGGACCUUGUUUGGACAUGGUCAUAAAUACAGAUGUUUCAGUCAUCAAAAGUUUUUUAAAAGUAUUUUUUGUUCCAUAAUUGUAGAUUCUUUAUAGACUUUAGCAAAUCUUAAAUAAAACUACUUAAUUAGUUCAUCAGUCAUCCUCAAACAAGCCUUCCAGUCAUUAAGACCACUGACCAGUCUUUGUGCAGAGAUUGGUUGAGAUGUAUUUAUGUAGACAACAAGAAGAAAUGAAACAAAGGAAGAAAACAGGCUUUAAAAAAAGAAGAGGUUGUAGAGGGUCAUUCAUUCUUCGCCUCCUUGGAAAAUUCUCUGUUACACUUGAGCCUUCUGGCACAAACGGGAACAUAUACAUGCACACUCUGUACCUGCUAGUCUGAUCACAUUGUACACAAACAUAAUUUAGUGUGAAUAAAGGCUCACAGGAUGUUGUGUAUUGCAUCUUACUGCCUGAAAGUCAUUAUAGGGCUGAUGUUAUCAAGGUUUCCCCGAGUCUCUUUUGGUAAACACAGUCUCUCUCUCUUUCUUUCUCUCUCCCCCUCUUUUUUACUUUUAUCUCUGAAUCUUAUUUCCAAUCUGGGAAGAAAACAAAGUAUGUAGAAUUUAAGAAAGAACUUUAAAGUGCCCGUAGAUGUGCGCGCAAAACAAGGGUUGACCUUUUUUUUAUGUGAAGUGUCUCAUUCACAGUUUCAGUGUGGUGAAUAAUGAGUUUCAAAAAGUUCAUGAAUCCUAAUAAAUCCUUUUUUCUGCAGGUCUGACGGCGGUGGGUGGUCUGUCCCUGAUGGGUGGUGGCUACACACCAAACACCACCGCUGAGACACUGGCCCUGCUGGCUGCCUUCAUCUCCUCGGUCAACAUCGCUGGUGAGUCACCUGCACAGACACCUCACAGUGAUUCCCGCCAGUCACAGCAACAUUUCGCCAAAAAUUGUCCAACUGGGCCAAAGAGUCACAUUUUCUACAAUAAUAUGCUUUUGAUACCAAGGCUUGCAGCUGGCUCUUUCCACUCACUUGCUUCAUUUGGACCACACACAUUACAUUAAUUCAAGCUAUUACCCCUAAUAAUCCCCAUUACACUAGCUAAGUGUUCCUGGAGUCAUUAUAAUACUCAUCACUCUGUAAAAGACCAGCAAAGCAGAGUGGCACUCCAGGACUGGCUCGAGUAUUUGUUUUAAUUUCUUCUUUGAGCUCAUAGUUUAACUCAGUUUUCAUGCACACUGUGAGCAAUACAGCUUUUUGCGGGAAAUAAAAGAACAAAUAUUUUGGUGCUCAGAUACUCAGGACACCACAUGGAUUUAGGUUAAAUCGUGGCUCUGAUUCCAUCUUGGUCCAUCGAAACACCACAAACCACCUGGUCGUCUUUUUAAUCUUUCUGUUAAAUUUACCCCCAACAAAAGCACGCUGAAACACCACAGCUUUUAUAGACAUACCUAGUUUGUCGCUGGUUGUUUAAAUUCAUUUUUCUUGUCUUUCUUGGGUUCAAUUCCUCACUAAGUGGUUCACCACAUUACCCAUAAACCCCUGGGAACAGAAAAAAAAAUUCCAUGGAAGGAGAAGAAACACAGUAUUGAAAUUUCGCCCCCAUAAAACAGACCCUGAAGUUUUAGUGUCUGUUCUGAGGAGCAGGUCCUUGGCUGAAGCUUUUUGUUCCCUCCAUGUUGUAGAGUUAUUAGAUGUGGGAAUGGCUGGAAAACACAAGAGUCUGUUGAAUAUUUUGAGUUCAGUGUUCAGUUUCGCACAAGCUAGCAGGGACAUAUAGUAUGAAGCAAGCUCAACACAACCCAGGUAUCUUUUCUAGCUCCGCGCUAAACCGUCCCACAAAGCUGGUUAUCAACCCGAUAAAUCAGCCCAGAGUUGCUGUGUGAUCGGAGUUAGUAACACAUGUCCAGUCACGGACAUAAACAAAUCUGCUGUCAAUAAAUUGCCAUAUAUCACGUCCGCCAGCUUUGUAGUGCUGAAAAUCAGAGUUACCCCUGAAAUUACCUCGCUAACUACAAAUACUGCUUCAAACUCCAGACCUCAUCCUUGUCUAGCCACAAUCUACAAUGACUCAUGUUACGUUUUUAAAUGUUGUGACCCACAAGCAGCUGAUACUGACAUAAAAACGCAGACCCUGAGAUAAAAAAGGCGAGCUCUGGAGGCUAGGUCUGAGCGAUAAACCGAAGAUUUACAGACAUCGAAAUUUACGACAAUAACCAACGUCAUUUUGCCCAUGUCGGUAUAUUUGAUAUCAAAAAUAAUAUAUAUAAAAGUUGGUUUUGGAUGUGUGUAGGUAGGCUAUGGUCUUAUGUCCCUUAAAGACGCUGUCCUACAUCAGAGAUGUGACUCCAACCCAUCCAGUCUUUAACAAAGAGGGAAAGACAGGUGAGGAGAUGGAGGACGGUUUAAAGGUUGUAGCAGCUCGAGCGUCGGCUGAAGUACACAAAGUUAAUGUGGGAGGCGGUGAGCAGCUUGUGGAGUAGUUAUUGUCCAUUUGUCGUCAUGGAGGUGAACUGCUCAAUAUAUUAUGAUUUUGAUUUGAGGCCAUAUCGCCCGGCCCUAGCUGGAGGCUGUGUUUAGUAUAAAGUCACCAUACACAAUGAAAUGUCAAUUUGUUACUGCCUGUUUCCAUGUAAAAUUCCAAUCAACACAUGCUUUGAAAUAUAUUUAAUAUACAGCAAAUGUCCAUAGUGCAUAAAUAUACACCCUCUUUUGACCGACACUCUCCACAGGAAUGAAUUAGCAGUGCACUGAUUUGAAAUUUUUCCAGCAAUCCUCAGAUCAGCAUUUACAUCAAUGUGCUGCUCUUUGCGCUCCGACCUCACUAAAAGCUCUUAAGACAGUUUUAAGUAUAGUCUACUGUUGCCUAUCUGCCAUUGUUCCCGCAAAUGUUCUAAAUAUAGUGUCUUGGAAAACUCUGCCAAGUAAGAAAAUAAGAACAAAAAUGAGUGGACAUUGACUUUGUUUAAACAUGAAAAUUCCUCCAUAUUGAUUUAUUGACUCAGAUUGGUCUGAAAUAAUAGAAGUCAGAUUAUUAUUAUUAUUACAUGGUUUAAGUAGGAGAGUCCACAACUAAAAUUACAUGAACUGAAAAGAAACAGGUGCUGGCCUCAGAUUCACCCUCCUGUGUAGCAGUGCUUGUGUGUGCGCACGUGGCUAAAAUCCUGCCAGAGGGGAAAAGGGGAGACGCACACGCGGUAACAUGAUCUCCUGUAAAGUGUGAGACACCGUCUGGUCCCGCUCCGACACAUUUGAGGUUUUCUACUUAAAAUAUUUACACUGACGUGAAGUAGACUCAUUAAAACCCCAACGUUGGUUAUUGGGGUUGGCAACAGUUUUUAGAUAUUGGCUUUAAGACACCUGUUGUAUAAAAAUCGUUGUUUUUUUCAUUGACUUCGGUGUCUUAACUCUGUGUCCUUAAAUUUCUGUCCCAUAUCGUUUCAUAUGUCUUUAUAAUUACCGUAAAGCUUCUAACAAGCAUUUAUUUUCUCUUUUCCCUUUUUACUCAGGUGGUUUCCUUGUCACCAAGAAGAUGUUGGACAUGUUCAAGCGUCCCACCGAUCCUCCAGAGCACAACUACCUUUACCUGCUUCCUGGUGGGGUCUUUGUCGGAGGCUAUGCUGCUGCUCUGCAGGCUGGGUACAACAUUGAACAGGUGUGAGAGGUUAUUUUGGGCUGUGUCCACAUGUUAAAUUCAGGAUUAAAUCUGUGGUUUCCGACUAAAGCCACCUAAAUCCCUCAGAAUCAGUCCCAAACAGCCCAUGACUAAAUAAAAGUCAGCUAAUCAUCAUCCAAACGUACUCUCUGUUUGCCCAGAUGUUGCAGAGGACCUUCCAAGAAAAUCAAUCUGCCACAUUUCUCAUUCUGUGGUGCCUCUACCCCUGACUCCUUUUUCCAUUCUGUCUCUUUCCCUCACCAGAUGAUGUACUUGGGCUCUGGUUUGUGCUGUGUCGGUGCCCUGGCUGGCCUUUCCAACCAGAGCACAGCCCGUCUGGGUAACGCUUUGGGUAUGAUGGGGGUUGCUGGGGGUAUUGUUGCCACUUUGGGAGCCCUGAAACCAAGUCCUGAGCUCUUGGCACAGAUGAGUGCAGCUAUGGCUGUUGGAGGCACUGCUGGUGAGUCCUUAUGUGAAACGAAGAAGACGGCAGACAGACUUAAAUACCUGCAAAAUUCUGAUGCAGCAGAUGCUAAUUUUUAGACAUUUGAGUAUGUGUGUGUGUCUGCAUGUUUGGCAAGACCAAGCAGCAGGUGUGCAGAGAUUUUGUGAAGUUUACAUCAAACACAACAUGACUAACAACCGGUCGGACCCAGGAGGUCUGUUGAAGCGGUCAGCAUCGUGUGUUGCUCACUCAGGACGGUUUGAUCAUUUAAAUGCUAAUUGUUCCAGUAACAGAGCUGAAUCCUAGACUAAACUAUCCAGACAGACAAUAAUGCCUUUUCCCAGAUACAGCGGCGUUACAAGUCUUCCUGCACAUGCACAAACACUCAAACAGGAAGUAUAGACCAACUCACAAACAAGGAAUUUCCCAGAAUAGGCCCCACAAGCAACACCUGGCUCCUCAGUCUCGACCCAUUUCCCAGCAGUCGUCUUGAAUGUGUGUGCAAGUGCUUGCAAUUUGCAUGUGUUUUGUGUGUCAGUCUUUGAGGGUGACUGCCCUCUAUUUAUUUGUUACCUCUCUCUCCCUCUCUCUCUUUUUAGGCCUGGCCAUAGCUAAGAAGAUCCAGAUCACUGACCUCCCUCAGCUGGUGGCAGCCUUCCACAGUCUGGUGGGGCUGGCAGCUGUGCUCACCUGUGUGGCUGAAUACAUGAUCGAGUACCCACACUUUGCCACAGACCCCGCAGCUAACCUGACCAAGAUAGUAGCAUACCUUGGUACUUACAUCGGAGGAAUCACCUUCAGUGGCUCUUUGGUUGCCUACGGAAAACUGCAAGGUGAAGCUUUCAUCCGUCAAACGCUGAAGUCUUUUCUUUACUUACAUGUGCAGAGUCGUCAUGCAGACAGACCUGAUAUAGACACACAGGCAUCUUUCUCAUGCUUGUAUUAUUGAUGCAAAUAUAAUAGGCAGAAGCUUCUAAAAUAUACUGUAAAAACUACGGGUGGUAGAAAAAAUCGAUACAGCAUAAUAUUGCGAUAUUUUGUCUGGUGAUAUAUCAUAUCGUCUUAUUUACCAAGUAUGAUUUUCCAAAUUAGUUGCUAAUUUGAAGUCAAAUCUGUGAUAAUGGAAAAAUAAAACCAACUUUUUGUCCAGUGAGGUUAGCAGAGGUGACGUCAUAGAGUAGAAAAGAGUUAGUGCAACAAUUAUACAUAUAAGGUUUGUAAGAUGUGCUACAUGAAAAUAAAAUACAGCGUAAAUAAGACACACAUAAAGGAAAGACAAAGGCUAAAGUAGCUAAACAGUUUAAAAAAAUGUAUAAAUCGCAAUAUAUUGUAUCGCAAUAUUCACUGUAUUGAAAAAUGUUAAAAAUCGCAUUAAUAUCGUAUUGUAGCCCAAAUAUUGUGAUAAUAUCGUAUUGUGGGGCCACUGGUGAUUUUCACCCCCAGUAAAAACAGAUUGUUACUUGAUAUUUGAAAUGUUUAAUUGAUCAUUGUGAGAAAUUAAAUGAUCAAAAAUGCUCGGUAAGCUGUUCACUCCUGCAGACUCGAUGCUUUCGGCUCACCUAUCACACACUUGUAUACAUCACUGACAUACCACCCGCUACAAAUGUAGGUAAAAAAAGGCAGCUUACUGCAACUGAGAGGGACGUCUGAGAAUGACAUUUGAUUCUCUGUGUCUACUCUGUGUUACCUAUAUAUUCAGGAGUAAUCAGAUGAUCAUGUUUCCUACAAGUAAAAUGUACAAUUUUAACUUCCUUUUAAAGUUGUAUAAAUAGUGCAUUAACUGCUGCCAACAGAUCGAAGGUCAGCUAAACUGUACUGAAGUUAUCAAAAAGAGAAGCUCUGAUGCCUCAUGUCCACUGCAGCCUGCUGUGAAAGGAAAAGGGGAAAAAAAAACAAGAGUUCAUCUGGUUCAGUUGGCACUAGUCCUGGCAGUCCCAGUGUAAUUUCCAUGUAGGCUGCAAGAGUUUCAUAAGGGCACAUUUUUCAUGAAUGUGACAUCGAGCCAAUGACAGGUAUUAAGUCGUGGCUGCUGAUAGAUAAAUCCAAUAAAAAUGCUGUUUUACAUAUGUUGUUGUGCCAGAUAAACUCCUAAUCUGGAUCGUUUUCUGCCCCUGCCCUUGUCCCUUCUCAACAUCUCCCUCUUUCUCUCCAUACAGGUAUGCUGAACAGCGCUCCUCUUAUGCUCCCCGGCCGUCACGCUCUAAACGCCACUCUCAUGGCAGCCUCUGUUGGUGGGAUGAUUCCCUAUAUGUUGGAUCCCAGUUUCACCACAGGAAUCACCUGUCUGGGAUCUGUCUCUGCCCUCUCUGCUGUCAUGGUACGGCAUGUUUGUGUGUCUGUGUGUGUAUGUUUGUUUGUGGCAACAUAUUUUUUCAAAUACUGACUCAAAUACUGCUAAUCAGAUAUUUUGUUCAUGCUGACAGACCAAAAAUGUAAGAGCAUUGUUAAGUGAUGAGAACAAAUGUUAUGUCUCCCUCAAAUAUCAGUGUCUGCCCAGAAAUUCGGGCAGAGAGCCGUUAACAGUCUGGCAACCAUUUUGGCGGUCAGGCUUGGCUUUGUAAAACUGAUGGAUUUCUGUUUCAACCAAGUGUAAAGUCGUGCUUAAAACCUUAGAAAAUGUGUGCUAAAGACUUUAAAACUUUACACAGAGUAGUUAAAUCACAGAUCAGGAUGACAGUUACCAGUUGGUUUUACUGUCCAAUCAAAAGAAGAAAAAUCUCAUUGACCAUAUCAAAAGGAUCCAAAUAUUUCCAUCAGACAGUCUGUAGAGGUUUUCUAUUACAAAUUUCUGCCAGUUUUGUGUUUUAUUACCUCCAAAUAUAAUUAACGGGUACAAAAUGUACACUAAGGUCACCCCUGUGAUUUAAAAAUAUAUGUUAUAUAAAUAUUAUAACUACAACAUUGUGUUUUAACUUAUUUAUAAUCUUUGCUUGCGUUGCACAUUUCUGGAAAAUCAGCAAGUGGACUUAGACCCAGGAAAAAGGUUGUUGGAUGGAGGUGAAUCCAAUAAAUGAACUGGUUCAAAACAGCUGAUCACUUAUCAUCCUGCAGAUUACAGUAUAAUGCAUCAUCCACGGUGCGUUUUGAAUCAGUGAGGUGAACAUGAGGUUCAAAAUAAAGCUCCAAUAUACAAUCAGUGAUGUGCACCUGCGCCUACUGGAGAAGGCGAGCGAACAUUUCUCACAGAUGGUAUUUGUUGAACUAAAACAGUACAGAUGAUAGAGGGACAGAGAAGAGGAAAGUUUGAUUGUGAAAAAUGUUAGUGGAGCUAAGAAGGCUGUUUUCAUUCCAGUGUAAAAUAAAUGUCUUUUUUUUGUGAAAAAGGCUCGAUAAGUUCAUGAAACUUUAAAAAAUCCUCUUGAAUAACUUUACCAUCAUUGUAAUUAACACUCUCCUUCAUUGCUGAAUCUGUAAAUCCCUUCUUUCUUAUUCCCCUCUCUUGUCCUAUAGGGUGUGACUCUAACAGCAGCUAUCGGCGGCGCUGACAUGCCCGUGGUCAUCACUGUACUCAACAGUUACUCAGGCUGGGCUCUGUGCGCCGAGGGCUUCCUGCUCAACAACAACCUGCUGACCAUCGUCGGAGCCCUCAUCGGAUCAUCUGGAGCCAUCCUGUCAUACAUUAUGUGUGUGGUGAGUGCAGUUUCGUCACACUCUCAAGAGGAACAUAUAGAGUAUCAGAAUAGUACUGCAGUUGAUGAGCAUAGUGGUAUCAUGCUGUUGUUCCUCUCCCAUCCACCAGGGGGGACUCUAACUUUAUCAGAGUAAAGUCUCUCUUCUAAAUAAAGUCUCAGUUUUUUUGUGGACAUAUCCCUGUUGUUAUUUCUGUAUUUUGCUGAGGUGAAAGCAUAAAUUCAAAAAUAUCUCUCUUCUUCCACAGGCUAUGAACCGAUCCCUGGCUAAUGUGAUCCUCGGAGGCUACGGCACAUCCUCCACCGGCACAGGGAAACCCAUGGAGAUCACAGGGACACACACAGAGGUCAACGUGGAUCAGACUGUCGAUAUGAUUAAAGAGGCCCAGAGCAUAAUCAUCACUCCAGGUACGACACAAAUACAAGCACACACACAUUCCUACACACACGCACUCCAGAGGUCUUGUAUGUGAGUGGAAAAACAUGGCACUCCUACUCUACCAGUGUCUUUCUUUUUUUUUUUUUUGGGGCAUUAGCAAAGUGUGUGUUCUGUUUAUUUAACCUCUUCUUGACCCAUGUUACAUCACCAUUUUGCUAGGCUAAUUGACAAGUCAUGCUAGAGUGGCCACACACACACACGCACACACACACAAACCCAGACUCUUGGGUUUCUGUGUGGUCGUCAGUCCCUGGUAAAUAGACAUUCUACAGUGCUGGAUAUAUAUAUGCAAGGUCAAGGGCAAAUCAGAUGGAAAGAAGGAGACUGGCUUUUUGUUGAUAAUUCAGACACCAUGUUCAAAACUGACUCCCAACUCCUUUUUUUCGGCGUUACAACAUGAGGUCCAGCCUUUGUUCCAGCGCCAUGCUUUUGUUCUUUUCACAUGUUUUCAAUAUUGGACCAUAAAUAUAUGUGUGAACCUCCCACUUGGUCCAUUACGCUGGAUCCUGCGGUCGUAAAUUCGUCAUUGUGUGGCCCACUGACUUCUCAGUCCCCUCGCCAGACUGUUGGGAACUAGUUCUUAAGAGUUGUUUUACUCACGUGGGUACAUGUAAACACAGACCAAAGGCAUCCAGCCUGCAAAUUGGCGAUUACAGUCCCAGUGCUGAUAUACAAAAACCAACCCUUCAGAGGAAGCCUCUGCAAUUUACAAGAAUUGCAAAAUUAAAGCGUUUGCAUGGUUGAGAAGAGACGGAGCAGCAUCCAAUGUAGAUUAAACCAUCUUUAUUUUCUUUCGUACUUUUGUAUCACAAACACUGAAGCUGAAACCAAAACUAGGUCAAGGAAAAUGACAGAGCGGAAAUUAAAAUGUUAUUUUUAUGCCUUUUUUUCAAAAUGUUUUGCAAACAUACCACACUAGGAGAAGAGGAGAAGUUGGAUAAUAAAAUACCAGGCAUUUCUUUCAAGGGUUGUGGAAAAACAGAUUGAGGAUCAGCAAUAGAAAUGUCAGUCCAUCAAAGUAAAAAUGUUGUACUUAUAACAAAAGUUAUAUAAGAGUUGAAUUUGUCAAAAGUUCAUCAGCCAGUGAACAGAAGAGCUUCAUGGCUGGUUAUCUCAGAGUCAGAAUAUAUACCAUCCAAAAGCAUAACUUCUCUGUGUGCCCUCACAUUCAGAUGUAAGACUGGUAUUGUUAAUCACUCAGUCGACUUGUUUCCAUUUUAACCAUUCUCCUUAAUUGGAGCCGUCACAGUCACUUUGCCUGAUUGACAUCUGUGGAAACGGUUAAGACUCUGCCUGAUAAACAUAAGUGUUUUCCUGGCUUCGUCUGGCCCAUCUCCGCAUGGUCUGGGUCCACUUUUUUUUCUCGUAGGAGAAACUCCAGGGAGAAUAUUGGAAGCACAAGGAAUGACAAAACUGUGAUGAUGGAGAGGGGAAGAAAAGUGCAAGCAUUAAAUUAUUGAGCUAAACUGCAGAGAGUCAGCCAUGUUUCCUCAAAGACUGUUUCUUCUCUUCCUGUGCACAAGUCUGACACCAUGUCACUUUGAUUGGUUCAUCAUAAGAAAACAGUUUCUGACUGGUUGUUGUGACAAGGGUAGUAAACACCACUGGACCGUUUGACAUGUGUUUGUGUGUGUGACGGUGUGAUAAAAAUCAAGAACCACACACCAGCAUUAUAAACAUGAUGGAGGUCUCAGGCUUAGGGUAAGGAAAACAGAUACUGUGUCAGGGUUUUAAUGCCAGCUUUGUGCUGACAGCCAAUCAGUUUGAGUUUUUAGAUGUUUAAUCUAAAUGUUUGACACAAAAGCAACUAAUACAGAGAUUUCAUUUCAGGUUGAUUUUAGCCGUGGAAAAAAUGUAUAGAUUUGGUUCUGGCUUUUUCAGUUAGUUUUCGGUCUUUCUGUGGAAAAUGAAUGAAAGAUUUUUUUUUUUUGUUAAUCCUUCUUUUGUAGUGUAAAAACAUUAAUAAACAUAACUAAAGCAAAAUUCUAAAAACAACCAAACAAACCAAAUUUCUUCUUAAUUAUGUUACUCAGUUAAGAGUGUGGAGGAUGGAAAUCAAUAAAUUAUGUAUAUGUGGCUCUGUAGGGAUGAUCUGUAAUAUGAGAAUAGUGAAGCUUUUAAACUUUGUAUCAGGACUGUUUGUAGUAGGCUGUCAGAAAGUGGUUGUUCACUGUAUUUAAAUUAGGGUGAGCAUGCGUCCUAUUUUACCCGUACAUGUCCUCUUCUUUGGGGGCUGUCCGGCUUUGUUCGGGGUAGUUUAAAAUAAAGUGUAAAAUCCUUCAAAUGUCUGCGGUUUUGUACGGAAGUUUCGAGUCUGUGUCACGCAGACUUACUGAGUUAGAAGCACGUAAGAGACACUCGAUCUGACCCGAAAAAUUCCCAAAUUUAAUUUUGUGCAACUCCAUGACUCCCUGCACAGUCAUGUCUUCUUUUUGGGAAGUCAGAAUAUGGUCACCCUAUUUAAAUCUCAUUACUGAUGUUAGAAACAAAAACAAUUCUGUAGUAAAUUAUGUGUCUCAAAAAAAAAAAAGAAUUUCCCACAGAGUAUCUGGCAUCAAACACAGUGAAUUAGAUGAGUAGUUUAUGCAGCACACUUGUGAAAUGAUUAGACACAUAACAGCACUUUGAAAUAUGAUUUUGCUCUCUAGGUGAGUAAACAGUGAAAGGCAGUGGGAUAAAGUCAUGAGUAUGAAUUAACAGAUUGAUGUAUUACCAAUCUGUUGCUGUCAUCAGGAUUAGGUGUCAUUUAAACUCUCUUCCACACCAGGAAGUUAAAGUUCUGUAUCAGUUUUGCUGUUCACCUGUGUGCCUCACCCUGCAGAGAGAUCUGUAUGGGUCACUGAUGAGCCAAGACACACCACACCACUUGUCGACCAGUUCAUAACAGUUGUAUUGUUUCAAUCUCUCUUUAGGUUAUGGACUCUGUGCUGCGAAGGCUCAGUACCCCAUUGCUGAGUUGGUGAAGAUGCUUUCAGAAGCUGGCAAAGACGUCAGGUAAAUGGAUGACUGAGAUAGCUUGGAAAGAUUGAGUGUAAAUAAACAAGUAAUCAAAAGGAAAAGUAUAACGUGUCCUAGAAGUAGUUGAAAACUUCUCAGACUGAAAAUGAUUGUAUUUGUUAAAUGAGGAGGAAAGGACAAGAAAUCCUGAUCAUCUUAAUGGUGAAUGUAACAAGUAGCUGAAAAAAGAAAAGGCUGAAGUUUCAGGCUUGAUGACAAGAAGAUGGAAAGGGACAGAUAGGAAAAGACCUGUGUGCGAAGGAAGAAUGAGUAAAAGGAAGCCAGAAGAGAGGAGAGGGAGAACAAGGUAGAGCGGAAGCUUGUGUAAUUGUCCUGCUUUGGUCGUUUGAUCCUGUCUGUGGCAGCUGCUGCUACUUAGAGCAUUUGUGCCUGAUUAGAGGAAAGUGGGUGGUCAGAAAAAACCUUCACUCUGAUCUCCUUUUCUCAUACUUUUUCUCUUUCAUUCUAUUCAUUACGCAAAUACACUCGCCUGUCAUUGUGCGAUCCUUCUGCACCUCUUCCUUACUCUUAACAUCCCACAUGUUGCUUUGGAUGCUGCAGUAUUAAGGUUUAAGACACACAUGCUUCCCUCAAGACUGAAUUUUCCCACUGUCCACUAAUGCAUGUAGACUGUACAGAAUUACACAAAGGGGCAGAAACUGACUUUUUCAAUCAGCAGCCUGUGUCACUAAUGGACCCCAGGACUGUCAGGCCGUCUGCUCUCUGUAUCUGCCUAAACUAGCCCAACAAAUACAAAAUAAAUCUUCAAAUGGUGCUCAGCUGCACGGCAAAGCAGCUGGAGAGCGGCUGCCGCCAGACUUCAGUGGCUGCUGUUAGUUCCCUACCUUGAUUACAUGACAUGGCUAAUUGAGUUUGAGAGCUGUGACUAAAACCACUAACGUCUCUCAGCUCCAUGUGUCUAAAACCUCUAUCUUUCAUGUCUCUCUCUCGCCACAGUCCCAUUUCUCCCCGGUCCCUAUCUCUGUCCCUUAUAUAUGGAGAAAAAUAAGCAUGUUUGUGGAGUGGGGACUGGGCUAGAGUGAUUUAUUUUUGUGCCCACAGGUUUGGAAUUCACCCUGUGGCUGGGCGUAUGCCAGGACAGCUCAAUGUACUGCUGGCUGAAGCUGGUGUUCCUUAUGAUAUCGUCCUGGAAAUGGAGGAGAUCAAUGAGGACUUCCCUGGUGAGUGUUAUUUUUUGUUUUUUUGUUUAUGUUCUCUGUCAUAGAUGCCACAAAUUCAGUCUAGUAUUGUUCUGUGUGUCACUCAACUACCUUACAUGAGAGAAUUGCCACCAUGGGAAUGUUUAACGACAUCAAGUGGUCAGACUCUAGAUUAAAACUGUCUUUUAUUUACCCAUGCUGCUGGUUUAAGUCUCAUCCAGCUCUUGAUCAAUGUUGUAUUGUUCAGCUUCAAAAAACAGAUAAGAGGUGGGUAGGCCAGUGAAGACAGUGAGAGAGAAAUACAGUUUUUCUUAGCUAAACUGGCGUCCUCUUGAUGUCCUGUUAUAUCCUGCUAUAAAUCAUUUUAUUUUUUUGGUUGAUUAGAUUUGGUUGGGUAAUUUAUAUAUAUAUAUAUAUAUAUAUAUAUAUAUAUAUAUAUAUAUAUAUAUAUAUAUAUAUAUAUAUUUAUUAUUAUUAUUUUUUUUUUCAUUUUAUUUUAUUUUAAAAUAAUAUUCUCCCCCUAAUUUGGUUUUAACUGUCAAUAUUUAUGUCCUAUCUUUUUUAAGUAGUGUAAACCCUUAAAUAUGUAAAUAUGAAGCGGUCUUAUAUUCGAAGCAGGCCUUUAUUUCAAAUUCUUGAAAUCUCAGAAAUUAUUACUGUUCAUGUUGUAGUGCAAAGUGAGGGCCAAACCAGGAAUUAAAUAGACUGGCAGUGUCUCUGCACCCUGCUCACCCCGCUCACACAGACGUCUCUGUGUUUGAUAUAUGUUUUUGUUGCUUUUCUGACAGUUGUUGGUAAUCUCUGUGACAAUAAAACACUGAAGCUGGAGCAAACUGGGCAAAGAUGGCCUGUGAUGUAGUUUACUACAAAACUAACAUUGUUUUAUUAGUAAAGAACGAGUGGAUGGUGGUGUGUGAUCAUUACCUCACUGGCAAAUUGUUUUCCAUAUUUCUAAAUUCUGUAUUAAAACUCUGAAACUGCCCUGGUCAAUAAUUGAAAGCGGGUCCUUUAUUUACUCAUAAAGCUCAUGAUCACGGUCAUUAUAAGAGGCCUGUCCGCCAUUUGAAUGCUGGACUUUAUUUGAGGAUUAGUGGUAAUAAAAUGAAGUUAUCCUUAUUAUUGUUGUGGUCAUAACUAAACCCCAGAGAUUCUAGCGGAGGGGGAUAUUCCUAGGUAAUUGUGUCCAGGGUUGGGCAAUAAAACCCUGAAAUAAGAUUUUUUUCAUACCAAACUCAAACUAUAAUUACUGAUUUUUUUUUCUUUUCGUUCCUUAACAAGAAACUUAAAGACAGAACUCAGAACAAAUUCUUCCUUUUAAACCUUCUCCUUUAGAUCUAUCCCAUCAUCUCCAAAUGAGUCACGCACUACUCCAACUAAAUGAGCCAUAAGCUUGUAAACUGUAUGUCCAAUAAACAAAACCAGGAUACGCAUAGAUGAGAUGUCUGAUUUGAAUUCCUCUCAUGUCUUAUCAGAAACUGACCUAACCCUGGUGAUUGGUGCAAAUGACACUGUAAACUCAGCCGCCCAGGAGGAUCCCAACUCCAUUAUUGCUGGCAUGCCUGUGCUGGAGGUCUGGAAGUCUAAGCAGGUGAGACAUCUGGUGCACGCAUGUUUGAUAAUGAGGCUAUCCUGAAGCCUAAGAAGAUAAAGAGGAAUGGAAGAUUUUACUGGGCUGCUUUUUAUCGCUGCGACCGAAUGUUGGAGUCCACACAAAUACAGAGGGGCCUUUACUUGAGGACUCACACACACACACAGACCUAAAAAAUGCAAACUCACGCUCACACACAUGUUCUCAGGCUCUCAAACACACAGAGACAGAUUGUUACAGUUCCAGGUGCGGUCCCAUCAUGAUCCUAUUAGUGGUGACUGUGUCGCUGUGGAAUGACGACAUUCGGAGCAUCCCACUGGCACUUCUCUGAGAUCUGGGAUUUAUACAGCACUCCCACUGGUUUCCACACACUUUCCCCUGAGGAAAUCAAAGAGGACAUUCAAGGCUUUACCACAUGUACACUCAUACAGACAUAGAGACAGGUGCAUUGAUGAAACACACAAACAGAAUGUAGGUACAUGAAAGAAGAACCCACAGAAGUGUCAUCCGUAAGUGCCCAAUGACGCAGCCAAGAGUCAUGCAAGAACACAAAGGAAUAAACUACUUAAAGCUCCUGUGUGGAAUUUUUAACUCAUAAUGAAACAAGCUGAAAAUAACAGUGGGGCCUCUGUAUAAUCUACAUAAGCAGAAAAAGCUUCAGUAGAUGAUUUCUAUACUGUAAUUUUCAAUACCAGCGACCACUGACACCACAGGGGGUAGGUGUCGGCUGAGGUGUUUUGCAGCAAUUUGAAUGAAAACCCCCUUUUUUUCCUCAUUUUUACAACAUAUUUUCAUGGUGAGCGAAACAAUCGACCAUGAAAAAAGGGAUCAGAUUUUUUUUUAAUCAGAAAACAAAGAUCAGCAGAUCAGUAGCAGAUGAGAGAUGUCUCUUUGUCCACAGGGUCAAAACUUCAUCUCUCUCAAGUCAAUAGGGCUGCAACGAUUAGUUGAUGAUGUCGACAACAAUCGAUAAUGAAAAAAGUCGACAAUGAGUUAUAUUAGUAACUAUUUUCGCCAGACAUGUUUUUUCCAGUGGAAUGAGGCAUCUUACUUCAUGACGAUCUGUGCCUAGAGUCACACGUGCAAUAGCGUCCCUGCCGAGCGGUACAAGUACGCGCUUAAAAACCUCCAAAGUUUGGGAGCACUUUAGCCUAGAUAAGGGGGAAAAAAAAAACUUGCAAGGUUUGCAAAGCAGACCUUGCAUAUCAUGGCAGCACAUUGGUGAUGCACAAGCAUUUGAAGAGAAGGUAAGACAGUUAGACUCGCCUCGGUAAGAUAUCAUCCGAUUAGUCGAUGAAUUAUCAUUUCAAUAGUCGGUGACUAGUCGGCUAUCAAAAUAGUCAUUAGUUGCAGCCCUAAAAGUUAAACUGUUGUUUGUACAAGGCAGUGUCUUAAACAAACUUGAAUGUGGACCUUAAAUGUUAUUUCUUAUCAUCUGCCUCAAAUUUAUAGUUUUAUUUGAAAGAUUUUGGAUAUCACUGAAAGUUACCUGCUUCCCCCAAUUGUUGUUAGAGCUUCCGGAGCCUCUUCCAUAGACCAUACAAAAAGAGGGAUGAUAUUUCAGCAUCUAAAAAAGUAAAGCCAAAACAUGUACGGCCCCCUUGACUCAUUGCAGUAACAGUGUUGAAGCCGGCUUCUUCCAUGUUAACCAAUGGGACAUGGUUCAAACUUUAACAUCUAAAAUAACAUCAAAUAUUUUGUUCCUGUUUCUUUUGAAGAAUUUCCACCGUCAGGUUCUGGUCCCAAAUGUGUCAAUAUUGAUGAUUUUGGUUUGUCUGUUGUACAAAGACAUUUUCUUGACUAGAGACCGCUUGUUUCUUUACGUGUGAUUGUGUACGUGACUAUAUCUCCCCCCUCUUUAGGUGGUUGUGAUGAAGCGUUCUCUGGGUGUUGGAUAUGCAGCAGUCGACAACCCCAUCUUCUACAAGCCCAACACCGCCAUGUUGCUAGGUGACGCCAAGAAGACUUGUGAUGCUCUGCAAGCGAAGGUCCGCGAGACCCAGGGCCAGUAAGGGGAUUUAAGGACUUUCAGACCACCCUGAUAUGAGCGCACGCUGAAGAGAAGACAUCACGUCAGAGUGUUUCCAAAAACUAUCACAGGAUUAAGAUCCUCUUUGUCCACUUUGAACAGAAAACUGAGCAAAGAUGAUCACUGAGAUAAAAACAAUUGUUGGGGCACCCUUCCUCUUCUUAUCUAAGAAUAAAAAAUACUGCAAUGUUGCUGUAAAAGAUUUGUGUGCAGUAGCAGCCAAACAAUGCAAAUACAGUAGUUGUAAAUGGUACCACUUCAUAAUGAACUGACAUACAGGUUAUGUUUCUUUUUGACGAAUCUUUUACUCCUAGAUAUUAGAGGAAGGGUACGUCAACUGUGUGCACAUUGGUUGUUAUCUGGGGAGCAGCUGACAUGAAAUUCCUCUUAAUUUUAAACAUCUGUAUUAAUGUAAAACAAUCAAAUGUAGAUACAGUACACUGUUAGAUAUAUUUAAUUCAAUGGUAAGAAGUUUUAGGCCUUAGACAAUAUCUGGGAGGAAAUCUAAGAUGAAAAAGAAAAGUGACAAAGGUCACCCAGCAGAGAGAGGUAUGAGAGACUUAAUUUCUAAUCUUUUCCCUCACUGUAAAAACUGUCUCACUUCCUCCGUCUUUCUGGUUUCUUUCGUUCGAGUAAUCUGAUAUUCCCUUUGAUAGAUCCGUUUGCUCAAACCUUUCUGUCUCACCUUCUUUUUCUUAACAAGAAAAAGAGAAAAAGCAGAAUAGCGCAACAUUUUUGUAAAGUUCUUUCUGUUCCAGUUUUAUACUGUAAUGAGAGAUUUUUGUAUUUGGACUAAUAAUUGAAGUAAAAAUAGGAAAUGUCUUCAUAGCCAUAGUUUAAAAUCUAGUCAUGCAGUUUUGCUUUUUUUCUUUUUGCCUUUGUCGUGUGUCUUGUAAUCUCCACUUUUGCCUUUUGUGCAGAAAUCCCACAUGGAUCCAAAAACGGUUAAAAAUCCAUUCCUCGUCUAUCGAGCGCCUCGAGCAAUAAAACCAAAUGAAUCUGGUCUUUAAAAAGUAGGAGAGCGCAGCUGUCCUGUAGCUCUUGUAAAGAUUAAACAAACACUCUUAAAGCUCUGAUAGCUGAAUGGAUUUUAUGAUGUUUUUGAACCAGGUGUGUCCCAUCAUCCUGUGUGGUUCUGAUAUUACAGUACAUGUGAUGCUAGCUUUUGGCCUUUACGGCAAAGAAGGGUUUUUUCGUUUUAAGUGAUUGUGGCUCAUCCACUCCAGUUUGUGUGUCCUCAUUAUUGCUCUAGAGGGAAAUGAAGGAUCACUGUUUGUAAAGACGGGCCAGAUGUUUAUCCGGCUGGUGUGUAGAGAGUCUCAAAAGCAACAAUGCAGUUAAUUGGCUUGUUGCCACAUUUCAGAAUAACCGAUUUGCUUGAAGAUUUUAUUAAGUGUGCAUUUCUUUUUUCCAUUUAUUUGUUAAAUCUCAACUUUUGCCAUGAACAGAAACUUUGUGCCAAUAAUUGCCAAAAAAAUCAAGCUGGUUACAUUAAAUGGCACAAUGAUGAAGUAAUGAAUUGUUAUAUAACCACUUGAGUAAUUCUUGGAAGACCCCCUGACAUACUGACAGUAGCUCCUACGUAACACCUGACGAAACACAGCAAAGCCUACUGAACUAAAAACAGCAGAAACUAAUAGCAUGAACUUUUUAAAGGUGUAAUUGACAGCAGAUGAAUUCAUAGCAUGUUUUUUCCUGGUAUGUAGUUUAAAGAACAAAAGCUCCAGAGGUGACUUGUCAACAGGUGUCUUUGUUGCUUAUCAAUGUAAACAAAUACCUUGGACCACAUACGUCGACCAUGACAACUAUCCUACCUCUCCACAAAAACGACCAAUAACUUUCCUUAAGACCAGAUUCAGACCAAGAACUUUCGAUUCAGUCAUUCUUCAGUUAUUUUCCACAGACCUUAAAGAAACCAGACAGCUCUCGUUUAUCCUUAACCUGACCAAUUGCCUUCUGUUUUGUGUUGACAUUGUGUUUUUUUAACCAUCAGACCUCAGUUUGCCGCUGGCUAGUUUACUGUAUGUAAUUCAAGUGUAGAGCUGCAGAUGUCAUUACUGCUCAUGAAGGGUUAUCGGGACUAUUCACUGAAGAUGCCUGCUGGAUAUUGAUAGCUUGCUGCCACUUUUGUAUUGAUCAAAUUAAAGAAGAUGGGAAAUCUUGAUAAUGAUACGGCCAAUUUGCCCCCAAAUGCCCUUAUCUUCUUGCCUUCAUUAGAAGGGUAUUUUUGUAAAGACGCUUUUUGCUGAAAGUAACAACAGGGAUUAGAAGUUGUACAAUGUUAAAGUGCACGAUGUUAGGAAGAUAAAAUGAUGAAAUGUACUGUGAAUGUUUUCCCUCUCCUGUUUAUCAUGGAACAUUUUCAUCCCUAAUAAACCUGUAUUUACACUAGAUGUUGGCUCAAGCUGUCAUUCCUUCCCUGACACGCUCUUAAAGGUGUGUUUGAUUUCACUUAUAAUAAACAAGUUGAUCUGCAAGGUUUUCCCUGAGGUCUACCACAGCUUAAAUGGUAAUCAUACCUGCCAAAGUUUGCACAGUGGGGUUUAAAGCUCAAAUAUUUGCAGAAAUUACCUGGAUGAAGCACUACUAUGUACAUUCCCACGUAUAAUGUUGAUGCUGUAUUUAUGCCGCUUUAGGGCAGAUUAGAUGAUGUAAACAAAUUAGCGUGAAAUAACUGAAAAUGUGAUACACAUUUGAGUGGACAAAUUUUACAGGCAACUGCAGGGCUCAAAAGAUACUAAAACUGCAGGUUUCUUGGCUUGGGAUAGGAAAUUAAAUCUCCUGAGAGGUCUCCUUGUUUGAGUGAAUCGUUGCCCCAUCUGUGGACAAAAUGAUGGCCCUUAUUUCUUUGUUGAUUUGUUUUUUUUUUUAUCACAUGUGCAAGUUGUGUUUUUUCAAUACCAGCUACAAGUCCUUACAGGGGCUUUCACCCAUAAAUGAAAAAAAAAAAACUGGAUUAUUUAUUCCUUAACUACUUCAUAUCUCAAUUUGUUGUUCAAAAAGGUGAAACAUAGGGUCCUAAUAGCAACAGAAAUUCUAAUUACACUUUAAAAAAAGCUGGUUAAAAAGGGAAUUCAAAUAAUUCUGCUUUGUACGGGUUUUGAAGAGAUUUUCACUAUACAGUUCCAGCUGUUUCCAUUCAUAUGUUCCAGGAGCACGUAUUUGUAUAAAAUUCUGUCUAGUGCCAUAUUUACAAUUUGCUGCCAAAGAGUUCGAGUUAAAGGUACGACAGGGACAACAACAAAGAGUUUUUAAUGCAAGAGACGAAUAUGCCCCAACAACACAUUUGUAAGGGGUCCAACUACUAUCAUGCAACAGGCAUCCUUGUUUUCCCCAAAAAUUAAGCUGUGAGACAAACAUAAUAGAUCUGCCUUGAUGAGAGCAGGGAGAAGAUGCC